AUGUUAUAUUACCGAGAAACCUUGGAACUACGAAAUGGUGUUAAGGAACUUGAAAACUAUAUUAAUUCAUUAAAUAGUAAAUAUCGUGCAAAAUUUGUACUAAAAAAAACUCGUGAUGAUAUUUCAAAAGCAUUAUUAUUAGAAAGAGUAACAUUAUGUGGCCAUUUGAUAGCCGAUGUUAUAUCUCGUUUAGCAACUCUGCCUGUCUCUAGGCAAGGACAAACAUGGGCUUGUUUUUCAGCUAUUAGUAAUGCAUUCGUUUCCGGUUCCGGUAUUGAUCUUGGAAUAUCACAAACACUAAUGCCAUUACCAUCAUCACCUCCAUCUUGUACACGCUAUCAGUUUCCGCUAAACAAGUCCAGUUUGCUUAUACAACAAAAUCAGUUUCGACAGUCUUCCGCUUUUGAUCCGAUAGCUAUACCUUCCACUUCAACGACAUUUCCACCUGAUAUACGUCUCUAUUUUGGACCAAAAUCAUUUUCUUCUCCAGUAGCACGUGCUACUAAAAAUCCGCAUACAGUAUCGCCAUCAUUCACUUUUUCAACCAAAAAUACGAAUAAACGACUGUUGAAUAUUGCUGAUGUGAAUGAGAUAGAAGGUGUAUUAAUUCCGUUUGAAAAAUACACACAGCAAAAUAUAAUUCCUUACAUAAAUACUGACGAUCAGGAAGAAUAG